CUGGGAGGAGGUGGGGGGCUCCUGGCUGCCCCCCCCCACCCCCGGCGCCGCAUUUCUGUCGUGACCUUGAGCUACUGCGUUGUGGAGAAUCGCUGGCGAGAGUGACAGGAAGAAAGGCGGCCGACUGCUGAGCAGCUGCGAACACGGUCAUACAGAUGAGCUGGGCAUGUGCGCAGUACUGCGACAGGACCUUAGUCCUUGGGUUAGAAUGCCAGAGGCACAAAUCACGGUUUUGUCCGGGACAAAACUGCUGAAAGCCAGUUAUCACUAGAAGGAUGACUCUUCUGUGUAGUACUCUCAAUGUCGGUAUUUACUCAGAGUCGGUAACCAAAGGGGCAGCUUAUUCUCAUUACCUAACGGGUUCCUGACGUCUCCACUGUCACUACCAGAAUUCAAGAAAAUACCAUCUUUCUCUCGUUUUUAAUGAUGGAAUCUGUAGACGGCCCAGAGAAAAUAAUUCUGGAAAAAAGUGAAGGGAAGACAUUCAGAGAAAUGAAGUUUUAAAGGACAUUUGCUGGACAUGGUGGUGUAUAUAUUAAUCCUGGCACUAGGAAGGUGAACCAAGAGAAUGAAGAGUUAAGACCAGCCACAGCGACAUAGAGAGAUCAAGGCCAUCCUAGGCUACUUGACACCCUGACUCAAACACACAAACAAAACUCAUGGGUAGCAUUUGUGUGUGUGUGUGUGUGUCUUCCAGAUACAUACGGUGUAGCCUCACUGAUAGUGUAUUGGGAAGAAUAGAUGUGUGUUUGGCUCAUUGAAACUUUUCUGGUGAGUUACAACUUAGAAAUGGAGGCUGAAGAAUUAAGUGGCAGACAAUUGACAAUUGAUUCCAUAAUGAACAAAGUGAGAGAUAUUAAAAAUAAGAUAAACGAAGACCUUACUGAUGAGCUGAACUUGAAUAAAGUCUGUGCUGAUCCUACAGAAACUGUUAACCAAAUUAUGAUGGUGGCAAACACUCCAGAGAACUGGUUGAAUUUCUUGCUGAAACUAGAGAAGAACAGCGUCCCCCUAAAUGAUGCUCUUUUAAAUAAGUUGAUUGGUCGCUACAGUCAAGCGAUUGAAGCACUUCCUUCAGAUAAAUAUGGCCAGAAUGAGAGCUUUGCUCGAAUCCAAGUCAGACUUGCUGAAUUGAAAGCUAUUCAAGAGCCUGAUGAUGCUCAUGACUACUUUCAAAUGGCCAGAGAAAACUGCAAGAAGUUUGCUUUUGUGCAUGUAUCUUUUGCGCAGUUUGAAGUCUCUCAAGGCAAUCUUAAAAAAGGCGAACAGCUUCUUAAUAAAGCUGUGGAAAGUGGAGCGGUCCCGCUGCAGAUGCUGGAGAUUGCCAGACGCAACCUACACCUCCAGAAAAAGCAGCUGCUUUCAGAGGAGGACAAGAAGACUUUAUCAGCAUCUACAGUACUUACUGCCCAAGAAUCAUUCUCCAGUUCACUUGGGAAUUUACAGACUAGGCACAUUAGUUGUGAUUCCAGAGGACAGCCUGCUACAGCCAGGAUUUUAUAUGGAGAGAACAUGCCUCCCCAAGAUGCAGAAAUAAGUCAACGAAAUCCCUUAAAACAAAGUAGCAAAACUAAACGGUCGUGUCUCUUUGGAAGAGUUCCGGUUAACCUUCUAAACAGCCCAGAUUACCAUGAGAAGACAGAUGGCUUGGCCGUGCCAAAUCUUACAAAAAGAAAGCUAUCUGGAUCAGAAUACCGAGAUUCAAUUACAACUGGAUCCAAACCAAGUGGAAAUGAUUCCUGUGAAUUGAGAGCUUUAAAGCCCAUUCAAGCUGUCCAUUUCAAAGACUCUCUGUCCAAUGAAAAAAGUUCUGAGCUUAUUUCUGAUUUAGUAGCCUUGAAGAGUAAAACAGAAUCAAGUCUUCUAACAAAAUUGGAGGAAAAUAAGGUGCAUCAAGAACCAGAAAUUGCAGAAAGAAAGCACAAACCAUGGCAGUCCACAAGAAAGUCAGAGUGUGUGAGCCAGAACCAGUGGCACAUUCCGGAUGUAACCCCGAAGACUCUUAAAGAGCAGAAGUGUGCCACUGUUGAGCAACUUCCCUUAUCAGUUUCAAAGCAGUCACCUCCGAUGUCAGUUUCUAAACGGAUUGAUCCAAAGUCUGUCUGUGAGACGCCUAGUAGCAGUUCCUUGGAUGAUUACAUGAGCUGUUUUAAGACUCCGGUUGUAAAGAAUGCCUUUCCACCUACUUGCCCAUCAUCGACACCUUACAGCCAGCUUGCCUCCCUCCAGCAGCAGCAGCAGCAGCAGCAGCAAGUACUCAGUACUCCUCUUCAAACCUUACAGCUUUCAGGAUCCUCGUCAAUAAAUGAAUGCAUUUCCGUUAAAGGAAGAAUUUAUUCCAUAUUGAAACAGAUAGGCAGUGGAGGGUCGAGUAAGGUAUUUCAGGUAUUGAAUGAAAAGAAGCAGAUAUAUGCUAUCAAAUAUGUGAACCUAGAAGACGCAGAUAACCAAACUAUUGACAGCUACCGGAAUGAGAUCGCUUAUUUGAACAAACUACAGCAACACAGUGAUAAGAUCAUCCGACUUUAUGAUUAUGAAAUCACAGAGCGGUACAUCUACAUGGUAAUGGAAUGUGGAAACAUUGACCUGAAUAGUUGGCUUAAAAAGAAAAAAUCUGUCAAUCCAUGGGAACGCAAGAGCUACUGGAAAAACAUGUUGGAGGCAGUACACACAAUCCAUCAGCAUGGCAUUGUUCAUAGUGAUCUGAAGCCUGCUAACUUUCUAAUAGUUGAUGGAAUGCUAAAGCUAAUUGAUUUUGGGAUUGCAAACCAAAUGCAGCCAGAUACGACAAGUAUUGUUAAAGAUUCUCAGGUUGGCACAGUUAAUUACAUGCCUCCAGAAGCAAUCAGAGACAUGUCUUCUUCAAGAGAGAAUGGUAAAGUCAAGACCAAGAUAAGCCCCAGAAGUGAUGUUUGGUCUUUGGGGUGCAUUUUGUACUAUAUGACUUAUGGGAAAACACCAUUUCAGCAUAUCAUUAAUCAGAUCUCUAAACUACAUGCCAUAAUUGACCCUAGUCAUGAAAUUGAAUUCCCUGAUAUUCCAGAAAAAGAUCUUCAAGAUGUGCUAAAGUGCUGUUUAGUAAGGGACCCUAAACAGAGAAUAUCCAUCCCUGAGCUGCUCGUACAUCCAUAUGUUCAGAUUCAACCCCAUCCAGGCAGCCAAAUGGCUAGAGAAACCACUGAUGAAAUGAAAUAUGUUCUGGGUCAACUUGUUGGUCUGAAUUCUCCUAACUCCAUUUUGAAAGCUGCCAAAACUCUAUAUGAGCGCUAUAAUUGUGAAAGUCAAGAUUCUUCCUCAUCUAAGACUUUUGACAAAAAGGGAGAAAGAAAGUGAUACACAGUUACUCACAAACCAAAACACUAACUCUGUCGUCUGCUGUAUGGAAUCUCUGUGGAAACUACCUUAAGAAACAACCUUGCCUGAGUUUCAUCAGUGAAAAAACGUCAGUACAUUAUCCUCAAAAGAAAACUGUAAAGUUAACCACUAAUGGCACUGUAUAUAUUAAAUUAUAGAGUUGUGCUUUGUUUUAUGCUUUUCUGUAAAUCUAAUCUGUCCAGUAACAUUUCACGCUUGGAGCAGUGGGGGGACACUGGAAUGUUGAAGAUCUCUGUAAAUAAGAGGAUGUCUUAUUCUGAAGACCUAAUGUAAAUAAAGCUUAUCAACAUGAGAGUCACCACAGUC